AUGGACUGCAUACAGCAGACAAACAUCGGUGGCACUAACGAUGGCCACUGUCAACUGAGGUUAGUCGACUUUGAGGGUCACAUAAACCACAUUUCCCAUGAGACUCUGGGGCUGAGCAGAAAACACCUGGUGGUGCGACGAGGGAAACCGUUCAAGCUGACUCUGCGGUUCCAUGGCCGGUCAUGGAAUCCUCACAGCGAGGGCCUGGUCCUGGAGGUCUGGCUAGGAAGUCUGUCAGAGAGAAUCCCAGUCCAGUUCUCUGACACGCAGCCCAACCCCCAGCACUGGUCAGCCAAUAUCCACCCAGGCAGCGUGCACUCCGAGUCAGUCACCAUAUACAUCUGCUCUCCUGUCCGAUCCUCCGUGGCCCUGUAUAACCUCCUGUUGCACAAAGAGACCAGACAGAGCAGGAGUACCUACGCAGUUGGAUCAUUUGUGCUGCUGUGCAACCCCUGGCUGAAAGAUGAUCCAGUGUACAUGCCCCAGGAGGACCAACGACAAGAGUAUAUCAAGAGCGAUUAUGGCGUAGUGUUCAUGGGCACCAAUCUAAAUGUUUGUCAGCGUCCGUGGUCGUUUGGUCAGUAUGAGCCUGGAGUCCUGGAAGCAUGUCUGAAGCUGCUGGAGGUCAGCCCUCAGCACCUCAACGACAAAACCAGGGAUUACAUUCUGCGAGCAGACCCUGCUUACCUCAGCAGGGUGGUCUGUGCCAUGGUGAACUGUAAUGAUGACCUGGGUAUUCUGCUGGGGAAGUGGCAGGGCAGCUACGAAAGUGGUGUUAAUCCUACAGAGUGGAGCGGCAGUGCUGACAUCCUGCGUCGCUGGGUCUCAUCCAACUUUAGCCCAGUACGCUACGGACAGUGCUGGGUCUUUGCAUCUGUCCUCUGCACAGUAAUGAGAGUGCUGGGGAUUCCCUCCAGGGUGGUGACGGUCUUUAACGCAGCUCAUGACACUGAUGCCAACAGCUCUAUUGAAGAGUUUUACUCGAGCACAGGGGAGAAGCUCAACAUGUCCAAGGACAGCAUCUGGAACUUCCAUGUGUGGGUUGAGUGCUGGAUGAGAAGACCAGAUCUCAGUGCAGCGUUUGAUGGCUGGCAGGUAGUGGACCCCACACCCCAAGAGAAAAGUGCUGGGAUAUUCUGCUGUGGCCCAUGCCCUGUAGCUGCUGUUCAGCAACGCUGCCUUCGUGCCCCAUUCGACACCCCGUUCAUCUUUGCCUCUGUUGAUGCUGAUGUCAUACGGUUAAUUGUACGCAAUGGACAGGUGGUGGGGAGGACGGUGGACACUGAGAGGGUGGGGAAGGUGAUCUACACCAAGGGAAUUGGCUCAGACUCCCCAGAGAAUCUGACACCUGCUUAUAAGAUGAAGAAAAGGGCGCAACCUGUAUGUACAGCACGUAAUUUCUCCUACUGCCGUUCUGCUGUUGUGUCGAGUUGUCAGACAGCAGAAAUAGCUUCAUCUCCAGAGGAACCGGCACCUGGUUUGGAGGUGUCCCUGAAAAUAAAAGGGAAGCCAUCAUGGGGUGAGAGCAUUUGGAUGAGUGUAACGGUCACUAAUAACUUGGGCCACUCCAGGGUCCUGGUGGAACAUCUCAAUGCUCAGAUUAAAGAGUACAACAGGAGCCCACAGGAGAGCUUCUGGGAAAUGCACAAAGAGGUGCACAUACAGCCGCAUCAAACUUUGACUCUGCAGCACACCAUCCCAGCAUCUGAGUACGAGUCGGUCCUGGCAGCUCAGAAUAUUGUGAAUCUUGCAGUGGUGAUAAAGGACGAACAGACUAAAGAAAGAGUCAUGCAUGCACAGGAAUUCAACAUAAGCUCACCACAGAUAAGCGUGGAGAUCGAAGGAGGGGACAGCCUCCACAUAUACAAGGAGCACACAGUCCAGGUGUACUUCACCAACAACUUAACAAAAACUCUGGACGGAGCUGUGCUGACAGUCGAGGGAUCUGGCUUGUUGAAAGGAAAACACGAGGCCAGGCUGGCUCAUCUAAACCAAGGCAAGAAGAUUGAGAAGACUGUCUCCAUCAUGGCCUCUUCACUGGGCACCAAAAUACUGAUGGCCACGUUCUCGCACAGCAACAGCCCCACCGUCAUGUCCAGGAGCUAUCACAAAGUCACCAUCACAGCAUAGGGAGAGGUCCAUCCUCCUAAAAGACUCAUCAACUUCCUGAACCUUCUGUGUACAGUCAAACCAAUAGCACACACUUAUUGGAUUGCACUGAGAUUGGACGCAUGGCAUGUUUUUUUAAUACUACCUUAUAAUUAUUAUUAUUAGUUUUAUGUUGUAGCUUAUCAGGUAGAAUGAACUAGAAACAUGAAACAUUUGAACAUUAGAACAAACCAUGUUGAUGUCAUAUGUGGUUCUCGGUGACACUACAAUCCAAAGCGUGUGUGUUUGUCAUAACACAAAUCAGUCUGUGAAUCAGACAUUGAUUGUCCAUAUGCAGGAUAUAUUUCACAUAAUUUGUGAACCACAUGUGUAAAACUAUUUUUAAAUCACUCAGUAGUUACAAACUUGUGCAUGAGCCUGGUGCAAAUUGUCCCAUGAAUAACUGAUUUAGUCCAUCAUAACAAAACUUCCCAAUGCCACAAGUCCUUACCAGAUUAAAAUAGAGCCCUGUGUCAUUGUGGCCUCAAUUAUUUAAGUGUUUAUAUUUCUGGAAUUGCUCCUCUGUCACAUUUCAUGCAGUUUGCAUUGAAAUGCAUCAUAACUUACAGAAGCUGUCCCUUCACCGAUAUUAAAUAUAAGUAAUUCUACACAAACAUAAUUUAUGUGUAGUUUAUCAAGAUAUUUAAGUUGUGUCAAUGAGCAUAUAGUAUUUGUGUACUUUGCUGUGCAGUGCAUGUUAUUGUAUAUACAUGUCUUAUUUUAGAGAUUUAUUACAAGCUUAUACUUAUACAACAUGUUUUGUGUUAAAUAUGUUUGCAUCAGUGGUGUAUUUGUUAGUGGUGGGAUGUAAAAAAAAAAAAAAUUACUUAGUUACUACAUUAAAGAAAAAAGUCAAAAUUGCUAUACCACAAAAUGCCACCAGGUAGCAGCAUUGGAGCAUCCAAUUAUAUGUACAUCUGAUGUUUUCUUCUUGCAUAUCACGAAAACGUUUUGUUCCAUGUUUUUAUUUUUAUUUUAUUUCAGUCAACCCAGCCAGGCCAUGUGAUAUUACUCACGAAAUUA